AUGAUUAAUUUUAAACAAAAGCUUAAGCUUUAUAGCUUACAAAAGAAACUCUGCUUGAUUAAGGCCAUGGCAAGCCAUCUCAAGGUAUCAGAGUUACAAAAGCAACUUACAAGAAUAGACCCUGUUCUCCAGGAUUGUAUUGUAAGUAGUAAAAGACAUCGCAGAGGCGAUACAAAAUUUACCUAUCUUGCUGUCAAGAAAGGUAUCAAAAGCCACGUCAUCAAUGCUCUCAAACAGAUGAACAUUGAUGUGCUAAAAGAAAAGCCUGUAUAUAGACAGGAAAACAGGAUAAAGACAAUAAACAAUGCUAAACUUUGUAGUCUUAAUAUCAAUCAUCUUUAUGGGAAGAAGGAGGACUUAGAGAUCCUUUUGAAAGUAGAGAAACCAACAGUUUUAUGUCUACAAGAAACAUGGAAGAAAUCCACGGGUAUUGGAAGACUAGAAAAGUAUAUGGUGGUGGAAACACCAGCCAUAGGUAAAAAUAAGCCAGGGUUAAUGACACUGGUGAGAAAAGGAGGAGCAAUAAGAUGCUCUAAGAAAGGUAAUGAUGACAACAUCCUACAAACGGUUGUUGAAAUCAAGACAAGUACAGGAUGGACAAAGAUACUUGUUAUCAAUGUCUAUGUGCCACAAGAAAGAGAGCUUAAGCAAUUAACUCUCGUAAAUGUAAUUAAUCUACUUAAUGUAGAGAAAAAUAAAAGAUGCUAUAAGGAGAUUAUAGUAAUGGGAGAUAUGAACGUCAAAGAUUCAACUCUUAAAGAAAAGCUUGUUGCUGGAGGAUUAAAUCCUCUAAUCAAUUACAACAGAGUUUCAGGAACUAGAAUCCUGAGUAAUGGUAGUGUCUCUAAAAGACGUAUUGAUACAAUUUUUAGAGUACUGAUACAAGAUAGUGAGAAGAUUACAAUCUCACGAAGAUGGUCUGUAGGAGAUCAUCUGCUACUUAGAAGAAAAAUCAUUCUUCCUUCUCCAAUAGCAGAUGACACUUUUACAUACAACAGAAAAAAGAUGGAAAAUCCUCUUGUAGAAGAGAGAUUAAGUAAUCUUCUGAAUAGUAAAAUAUUCACAAUAGAAGAACUUCCAAGAGUUCUAAAAGAAGUCUGCAUAUCUACAAAGAUAUACGAAAAAGUCAAGGCACCUAAAGGAAUGCCAAUAAGAUGGAGACAUGUCAAUGUCUACAAAAGAUUUAGACACGCCACUAAACGUGUUCUAAUUAAAAGAUCUGAAGCUAAUGUACAAAUGUAUACCAUGCUCAAGAAAAAAGUAGAGGAAACCAGAGUAAAAGUUCGGCGAGAACGGGCCAAACUCUGGGCCUUUAAAGGUGUAAACCUUUACAAAAGUAAUCGCUCCAGAGAUUUCUGGAAGUGGCUAAAAGGAUGUUCUAACACGUCAGUUAG